AUGGCAACUGUUGGAAUCCACAAUUUGCAGUCGUCUUCAUCAUCUCGCCCGAGAAUUCAUGCUUCUCUUAAUCCCCCAUCCAAUUUUCGACCCCAAAGCAUCUAUCUCCGGCAAGUAGCCAACAAGAUCAAGGUCGAGGAACUCAUGCUGAGACAACACAACGCGGCCACCAUCACCACCAUAAGAUCCGCUGCGGAUCGCCGGGACAACGACUCGGUUGCCAAGCUUCUGGCCAUAGCCGAGGCAGUCGCCGACCGUGCCAACAUGCACUCCAUCAUCGGAGCGCAGAGGAACAACUGGAACCACCUCCUCACCAACUCCAUCAACUCCAUCGCCCUCAUCGGCUCCCUCAUGGCCGGCCUCUCCGCCGUGCCCGUCGACGCAGCGAUUCCGCAGCUUUCGGCGCUCAAGAUCUCCUCCAUGCUCCUGUUCGGCGUCGCCACCGGAAUGAUGGUGAUAGUGAACAAGAUCCAGCCCUCGCAGCUCGCCGAGGAGCAGAGGAAGGCCACGUGGAUGUGGAAGCAACUGGAGAGGUCGAUCCAGGACGGCCUCUCCCUGCGUGCGCCGGCGGAGGCUGACGUGGCGGAGGCGAUGAGCAAGGUGCUGGCCCUCGAGAAGGCUUACCCCCUGCCCCUGCUCCCCGGCAUGCUCGACAAGUUCCCCAAGACGGUGGAGCCGAGUCGCUGGUGGCCGGAGCCACCAUGUCCGAGGGAGAAAGAAGCCCACCCAGCGCGCGAAACCAUGGACAAGAACGGGUGGAGCAAAGAGUUGGAAGAAGAGCUGGAGGGCCUCCUCAAGGUCUUGAAGGUGAAGGACGAGGGACAAUACGUGAAGCUCGGGAAGGUGAUCCUCCGCUUCAACAGGGCUUUAGCCACCGCAGGGCCGGCCUUCGGCGGACUGGCUUUAACGGGGUCGGCUUUGAUAGGCACGUCAGCGCUGGGGGCGCUUCCCGUGCUGCUCGCGGUGGUCGGCGGCUCGCUGGCGGCGGUGGUGAACACGCUGGAGCACGCGGGGCAGGUGGGGAUGCUGUUCGAGCUGUUGAGGAACAACGCCGGCUUCUACAAGUGGCUGCAGGAGGAGAUCGAGAUGAACCUGAGGGAGGAGGAUGUGGAGAAGAGGGAGAACGGCGAGCUGCUGAAGUUGAAGUUGGCAUUGCAACUGGGAAGAAGCACGUCGGAGUUCCAAGACUUUGCCGAGUAUGCCUCUCCUUCCUGCAAAGAGGAGGACGUCGAUGGUUUUAAAGGCUUCGCCGGAAAACUCUUCUGA